UAAAUAUGGAGCAAAACUCUGAUGUACUGAUUCAGUAAAUGUGUUGAACCAGAAACAUCAGUGAGGCUGCAGGAAAAGCCUCAAGGUGGCUGUGGAUCAAGAGGGCAGAUCCAUGAUGUCGCGCGCUGCUUGGACACAAGCUGGGGACCGAUCACCCCCGGCUGGGUCGCCCAGGAUGGCUGAACCUCGCUUUAACAAUCCCUAUUUUUGGCCUCCACCUCCCGCUAUGCCCGGCCAGCUGGAUAACCUAGUCUUGAUCAAUAAAAUCAAGGAGCAGCUGAUGGCAGAGAAGAUCAGACCGCCACAUCUGCCUGCUGCCUCAGCCCCUUCUCAACAGCCCUUACUGGCUCCCCCCAUCCAGGCGGAUGGCAGCCAGCAAGGGAUGUCCAAAGCUCACCAGAUGCCGGUUCUCCACAGCCACAGCCCAUCUCAGCCUGAUAUCGCCCUGCACGCCCGCCCUGCCUCCAGCUCAGUCACAGGUCGUAUUCUGGGGGAUGUAAACUUGAAUCUGGACGAUAAGGCAGCUAUAAAAGCCAGAGGAUUAUGGGAAGACUGGCAUCUGCGUCAACUGAUAGACCAUCCCUCUAGGACAAACCAUGUCUCAGGUGUGGCACUGGCAUCCAGAACAGGCAACCUCAACACCUCAGAGAUCAUCACCCCAACCACGCCCACCUCAAGCAGCCACAGCCGGCUGGGCGGAGCCCCCACACCUCACCUCAUCUCAGGGUUAGCUUGCAGCCAAGGGAUAGAGCCCGGGAAAAACAACGGGGGACUUGUGGGACUCCUCGGCCCUCCUCCAAAGGAGGAACGGGGGCGUAAGAGGAUCAAAGCAGAGAAUGGGUCAUCUCUUCUGGUGGUGCCCUACCCAAUUCUAGCCUCAGGCAAUGACCAAUCCUGUGUCACCAUUACUGCCAAAGAGGGAAAAACCUACAGGUGUAAAGUUUGUCCGCUGACCUUCUUCUCCAAGUCAGACAUGCAGAUCCACUCGAAAACGCACACAGAGGCGAAGGCUCACAAGUGUCCUCACUGCACGAAGUCCUUUGCGAACGCAUCGUACCUGGCCCAGCACCUGCGCAUACACUUGGGUAUCAAACCUUACCGCUGCUCCUACUGCGAGAAAUGCUUUCGCCAGCUCUCCCAUCUUCAGCAGCACACCAGAAUCCACACAGGUGAUCGGCCAUACAAAUGCGGCCAUCCAGGAUGUGAAAAAGCUUUUACUCAGCUAUCUAAUCUGCAGUCUCACCAGAGGCAGCACAACAAAGACAAGCCCUUCAAAUGUUCCAACUGUUUCCGUGCCUACUCAGACUCUGCCUCGCUGCAGAUUCACCUGUCCGCACACGCCAUCAAAAAUGCCAAGGCCUACUGCUGCAGCAUGUGCGGCCGGGCGUACACGUCGGAGACGUACCUCAUGAAACACAUGUCUAAACACACAAUGGUGGAAGAUGUGGUGUCCCAUCACUCCCCUCAACACAGGACAGAGUCUCCCACCAUCCCUAUACGGAUCUCCCUCAUCUGAGCUCCUUGCCCGUCUCCCGCCAUCCUCCCAUCAGAGACGUUUCCUGUGAUAUCUGCACCCCUCUGACGGACUUUGAACCCAUCAAUGGGUUCCAACAAUGUGCCAGAUUGUACACGUAUCUUGUGAAGAGGUGCGCUUUUAACGAGUAUAUCCUCCUUUUCUUUCUUGCUGACCAGAUAGUAUUAUCGGGGACAUCCAAAGAUGACUUCUCAGCACUUUCAGGCCUGGAAAUGACAGGCCUAAAAAUUUCUUUUUCUAUUGUGACUUCACAGAAAAACAAAAAAAAACCAUAAGUAUUGCUCCGGGCAGCUACGAUACAUGGAAAAUCUUUUUAAAGUUUUUGUGUUAUAAAAAGAUUACAUUGUCCUUUUUUUUAUACGGUCCAUCAGUUUCUUUACUCAAGUCUUUGCAAGAAAAAAAAAUGCAUCAGAAAUAGUCUUCCGUUAGCUGAGUGAACAUAAAGGUGAAUGCUUAUAUAAUGUGUAUUCAUGUAUAUCGUGCCACUUUUUACGUCAGUGUUUGCAAUGUUUCACCAAUCACGUGCCCCUAACACACACACAAGACUGCGUUCACAUGGAAUCAGAGAGACCAGAUAUUACUUUAGUGGAUGAGAGCAGGACGGUAAUGUUAGGUGAGGCUAGCAGAGAAUAACAACAAUGAUUCCAUGUGAACACAGCAUAAUUAAUAUUUAUAUUACAGUAAUUUUCUCGCCCUGUUGCCAAACUCAGUGUGACUCGGAUGGAUAUGUUUUCUUUUACAUAUAUUUUGUAAUGUUAUGAAAUAUAAAUGUGCUUUAGGUCUCCUUAAAUACAAGAGCUGUUCAACAGUGUUUCAGAAAAAGACACUAAGAAAACACACAAAACACAAAAAAAAAAUAAAAAAAAUUGAAACUCUAAUUGGUGCAAUGAAUGUGAGAGCUUCUGCUUUCAAGUACUGCAAGUACAUAAAGUAAAACAAAAAUGUUUUUGUUCCCUGAAAUGAUAAUUUAUACGCAUUUAUCUUGCCAAAUUUGAUAUUUAUGACAUAAUCAUGCACUCAAUGCUUUUUGUCCACUUUGGGUGUGCAAAUAAAUAAACGUAGUGGCAAGACUGAAAUGUUACACCACCACUCUGCUGCUGUUGCCACACAGACAGAUGUGUGACUUUCCUGGAAAUCACAAAUGAUGAGGUCCCUUUUUUUUUUGGUUUUCAGUUACGAUGUGUAAUAGAAGUGUCGCACUUCUUUGAAAACUGAUUUUGCCAUUGUUUUAUGAAUGAAAACUUUGCCAUUUUAUAUGCAUAUAAGCCUUAACUUUGUUACAACUCUAGGGUCCACGGUGUUGUUUUAUCACUUUACAUUUGCCUUUUAUGUCAUAGCAUGAUAUAUACUGUAAAUAAACUAUAUUAACUG